AUGCUAUUUGCGCAGGAAUUUUCCCCAUCUGCUGGUGUGCGUAAUUCCAAUGCUGCUAUCGGAUUCAGUUCAACGACGUUAAAUAGUCGUCAGUUUCAUGAUGUUAUUGAACAGAAAAAGUAUCAACAUGAUAUUCAAUUAUUGAAAAUUGAAUUGAGUCAACGUGAUUUACUAAUACAGAAUCAACGUAUUGAAUAUUCAGAAAAACUUGAAGAAUUACAAGAAAAAUUAGCCGAAUCAGAAUAUCAAAAACAACUAUUACAAGCAAAAUUAGAUUCACAAAUACAAAUUGAACGUGAAACGUUAAAUCAUCAACAAGAUGAAAUUCGUCAACAAUUACAACAGAUUAUGUCAAGACAAAAAGAAUUAGAAGAUGUUAAUUAUCGUCUAUUAUCAAAAUCAAAUGAGAUUAGAAAAAAUUUACAACGAAAAAUCUUACCAUCCGAUGACGAAUAUCAACAAUUAAAAAUAAUUGAUGAUGAACAAAUGACACUUAAAGAUUUCGUUAUGGUUCGAUUUUAUGAGAUAGUAAAACCGUUGCAACGUCAAAUUGAAGAAUUAAAAGAAACGCAAACACUUUUGGAUACACAUUUAUUAACUAGUAAUCAAGAUUCAAUACAAACACAAAAGGCUUUGGGUGAUGAACGUCGGUCAUGUCAUGCAUUGCAAAUGCAAAUUCAGAAAUUAACAUCAGAAGUGAAUGAAUAUAAAAAUUUAACUGAACAGUAUGAUUUUAAGAAGCAAAAUUAUGAUAGAAUUAAAAAUGAACGAGAUAAUUAUGAGAAACGUGUGAUCGAUUUAGAUCGUCAAAUGAUGCAAGAAAAUGUUCAAAGUCAAACAAUAACAAGAGAAAAAGAAAGUUUUUUGAAAGAGUUGGCUGAAAAUCGAAAUGAAAUUGUUAUUUUACGUCAAGAUAAAGAUUAUUUAACUCGACAGUUGAAUGAUAUUCAAAAUAAAUUUUAUUCGGCUGAAGAAAAAAUUGGCUCAUUAGAAAUACAAUUGGACGAUGUUAAACGAGCAAAAGAAACUUUAUAUGAAAAAUAUAUUUCAUCAAGAGAUACAUAUAAAACUGAAUAUGAGAAUAAACUAGCAGUCGAAUUAGAUCAAUUACGUUCAAAAACAUCCUUAGAAAUUGAUAAACUACGACACAGUGUCAAAGAAAUAGGUUUUCAACAUGGUCGUGAAGAAGCAUUAAUCGAACGUGAUCGUAUUGCUCAAUCAGAACGAGAAUUACAACGAAAAUAUGAUGGACUAUUAAAUGAACAUCGUCAAUAUCAAAGUCAAACAGAAAUUCGUUUAGCUGAUCAACAAUCUCAAUUAAAAAUGAAAACAUUUGAAUUAGAUCGUCUUCAAUUAUUAUAUGAAGAAAAUUUAAAAAAUAUGAAAACAUCACAAAUUGAUAUUGAAAAAUUACAAAAAAAAAAUGAUUUAAUUCAAAAAGAAUAUUUUAAUCUUCAAGUUCAAUCGGAUAGACGAAUGAUGGAAAUCGAUACCGAAUUGAAUGAAAAACGAACAAAAUUACAAAUAUAUGAAAAUGUUGAGCAAGAAUUAGACGAUGUUGUUAUGCAAGCAGCACAGGCUAAACGACGUUUGCAGCAUAGUGUUCAUUUGGCUAAACGAGUUAUACAAUUAGAACAAGCAAACACAUCAUUGAGAUUAGAAUUAGAUAAAGAACGAAAAAAAACAAAGGAAAUUCAUCAACAGUUGCAAUCAGCAAAUACAAUUCUUGAUCAAGCUCAACAACCCUAUGAUUUUCUAAUAUCAACAGUUCGAAAUAAAGAUCAACAAUUACAAAAAAGUCAAGAAACUAUUGAACAAUUGGAAAAACAGUUGAAUGAAAAUAAUACACAAAAACAAUCGUUACUAAAAACAAAUAAUCAAUUGACAAAAGAUAUUGAAAAACUUUUAGAGUAUCAAGAACCUUUAAAAGUAAUGAAAAAUGUGAUAUUGAAUCUACAAGACACAAAGAAUCAUCAUCAUCAUCGGGAACAUCGUCGUACACCAUCGCCUACUCGUCUAUCACCUGUUCCACAAAAUCGACCUCGUUCGGCAGCUCCCGUUAUAUUUUCAGAUGUUCAACAUAAUAAUCCACCACCGACAGUUUUCGUGAGUAAGAUGUAUAAUUAUCUGUUGACAUUAUUUGAUGAAGGUCCUGGUAAAUGGCUCCUUCUUCUUAUGGUUAUAUCCAUUGUUUUCUGCUUCGUUGUUAGUAUUAUCACUAGAAAUUAUUCUCAAAUUGAUAAACUUUGGCCAUUAUUACCAUCAAUAUAUUGUUUGAUUACCUUGUUAUACAGUUCAAAUCCACGUAUCAUUCUAAUGGCUAUUCUAGUGUGGACAUGGGGUUUAAGACUUAUUUACAAUUUUUAUCGUAAAGGUGGCUAUGGAUGGUCAAGUGAAGAUUAUCGUUGGUCUGAAUUAAAACAGAUUAUAACUAAUCGUCUCGUAUUUGAACUUUUUAAUCUCGUAUUUAUAACUAUAUUUCAAAAUAUUCUACUAUUAUUAAUUGCUAGUCCCAUCUAUUAUGCUUGGAAACAUGAGAGAACGAAGCGUCUUGGUAGCAUGGAUGUUGUAGCCACUCUAUUUUUCAUUAUAUUUCUUACUAUUGAAAUUAUUGCUGAUCAACAACAAUGGACAUUUCAAGUUGAAAAACAUGCUCAAUCAAUUAAAGAUAGACAACAUGCUGAUGGUUUUCUUCGUAAAGGUCUAUUUCGUCAUAGUAGACAUCCAAAUUAUUUUGGUGAAAUUUGUUUAUGGUGGUCAUUCUAUUUAUUUUCAAUUUCUAAAACAUCAACAAUUUUAAAUUGGACUAUUUGGGGACCAAUUUUAUUGACAAUUCUAUUUCAAGCAUCAACAGCAUUUACGGAAAAAAUUAGUAUAAGAAAAUAUCCACGUUAUAAACUGUACAAGAGAACAACGUCGAGAUUAAUACCAUGGUUUCCAUCAACAGACUAG